ACAAAGUGAUCCAAAAAUGCCACUAUAACAAACACCUUUAUCUAAAGAGCAUCUUGCAUUGCCCAGGAAUUGAAACCCAGGUCAGCUACAUGUUAUUCAACACUAGCCGUUGUACCACUGAUCACACAUGGAACAUUUGCCACACUCAAAAGUCGUAUCUACAGUAUUGUGAUAGGCAAGCAAACAGAUAAAAAAAAAUCCGGCCCCCCACUGACCAGACUGGAUGCUCAUAGGCCUCCAGGUAAUUUAAGUUUGAGACCCCUGCUCUACAUUUUACUUAGCUGAGCUUAUGCUGCCACCUAGGGGACAUUCCUAACAAGACAGAGAUAACAUUCCCCAACUACUACACGUUUGUAGGGAUUUAAUCAAUGCCAGGAGAGACUUUAAUGCUACAUUUGGUAGUUCCCCACAGCCUGGGGGUUGCUGUUAUGGAGCCUGCCAUGAAAAUAUGUAAAUCACUGUCUUACCCCAACAACACGGUGUUUAAAAAAAAAAAAAAUUGCACUUUUAAGGUCACAGAUUAAACUGUGUCUUGACUGUAAGUGUGUCCAGCCCAUCGCCUAGUGUACAGCCUUCACACACUUCAAAGAGUUUUCUGUGAAGGCGACAUCACGGAAAAUAAGCAACAUCAAGGGUCUAUAUUUCGUAUAUAAGUAUGCUAAGAGUAGCUAAUAAUCAAGGCAAAUUGGCAAAAUGUAAAACGGUUUUAUUUAGCUUUUGACUGCAGCAAUAUGUUGUUCCUUCGCAAAGGCACGUUAGCCUACCCUACCUCUACAUACCGUAAAUAUAACCUAAAUACAGACAAAACAGGUUUGUACUCUGCAACAAGCGUUCGACAUUCAUUGGCUCAAACAGGGAGAGCAAGGGAGUGCACAAAGUCUCCAGAUGUCCUGUCAAGUUGGUGAGAAACUUGAUGCAAUUUGAGAAGACUCUGCCACGUAGGUCCCACUUCCUGGUGUCCAGAUGCCGUCGGUACAACUGCAAUGACCGCAACAUAGCAGGUUAAACAUGCUUGUUUACAGCGAUGAAUCUAGCACCGGAUUGACUGGACUUGUGGGAUCUCCAAUAAAGGUAGGCUAUGAUCAAUUUGAAGAUCCAAGUGCACAGCUGAGCAACCGCAUCUUCAAAAAUGGGUUGCCCUACUCCACUGCUUGCGGCAUCUGUGUCUACGUUGGGAGGGCUGGUAUUUGGCUAUGAGCUGGGUAUCAUCUCUGGAGCGCUGCUCCAGCUGCAGACCCAGUUCCAACUGGGCUGUGUACAGCAGGAGACCAUAGUCAGUGCUCUGUUGAUGGGAGCGUUCUGUGCCUCACUGGUCGGUGGUUGGCUAAUAGAUCGGCGAGGACGACGGAACUGUAUUUUGCUGAGCUGUGUUUUGGUGAUAGCUGGGACUGGCUUGCUGUCCACCGGCGGGUUCUUUGUCAUCCUGGUGACUGGUCGUGCCAUAACAGGCUUUGCCAUUUGUAUCUCCUCCAUGUCAUGCUGCAUCUUUGUGUCCGAGAUGGUGUCCCCCAAGCGCAGGGGUCUGAUGGUGACUCUGUAUGAGGUGGGUAUCACUGUGGGAAUCCUGGCUGCAUAUGCCUUCAACUACAUCCUGUCCGAUACUACUGAGGGGUGGAGGUAUAUGUUUGGUUUUGCCAUGGUGCCCACAAUGCUUCAACUGAUAUCAAUCUGGUUCCUACGCUCAAAAGUGGCAACAGCAGAUAGCCAGUCAAGGGAAAGCCGAAGAGGACUGGUAGAUCUGGCAGACGCUGAAGUUCCAGUGGAGGACCACCAGGCAGACAGACAGCAGUACAGCACGUGGUAUUUGUUUCAGAGUAAGGACAACAUGCGGACACGCACAUCCGUUGGGCUGGGGCUAGUCCUGUUCCAACAGUUUACAGGGCAGCCCAAUGUGCUUCUCUAUGCUUCCACCAUCUUCCAUACGCUUGGCUUUCAGAGCACAGACUCGGCUGUGUUGGCCUCGCUGGGGCUUGGCGUUGUUAAAGUCAUCACAACUCUGGCCUCCAUGGUUUGUGCAGACCGUGUUGGUCGCCGACCACUGCUGAUCGGUGGGAGUACAGUGAUGGCGGUGGGCCUGUUGAUCAUCGGGUUUUUGAGUGGCAGUUCAGUGCUGGAUGCCAGGAGCCCCUGCAGUUCACCUGCCAAUGGCACGCUCCUGAGGACGAACACUUAUCCCAAUGGAAGCCUGAUCAGGUCUCUGCCCGCAUCAGGGACUCUGCAGCUAUCAGCAGACCUCAGGUCCCUCGCCCACCUCCAUGCCAUCCCAGUCUCUACAGAGGCUCCAAGAGGAUCUGAUCAUGAAUCAGUGAACUGGGUGAUUUUAGUCAGCAUGAUGGCUGUAGUGAGUGCUUACUCAGUUGGAUUUGGACCAAUGACUUGGCUGGUGCUGACUGAGAUAUUUCCAGCUGGAGUGCGAGGAAGGGCAUUUGCCUUCAUAAACUGCUUCAACUGGGCUGCCAAUCUCAUAGUGACCUUUUCCUUCCUCAAUGUCAUUGAUGUAAUAGGCAUGUCUGGCAUAUUCCUACUUUAUGGAGUGAUUGCAGUGGCAUCUACUGUUUUCAUCUACUUCAUGCUUCCUGAGACAAAAGGAAAGUCGCUUCAAGAGAUCGACCGGGAGCUCUCUGAAAAAAGAUUUCACGAUCGAUCUGACUGCUUCCGGCAGAUGUCCAGGACAUCCUCACCAGCAUAUCAAAGGGUGUGUAGCAUCUCAAACUCCAGUGUGUAGCUGUCUGCAGAGCACAUCAAACCUACUGUCCCGCAGAGAUGUAUGAAGGCCCAGCAAGGUUGCCAUGGUGAUGUAAAGAUGCAGCCGCCACUGUUGAAACCCAUUUUGCAUAAUGUAAUCGUGAAUCGUACAAGAAAAUGCUCUUUUCACAUGGGCUGGCGUGAUAUUGAAAACAUGAGACCAAUCCAUUGUUUUGCCUUAUCAAAAAUGAAUGUGCAUUUCCUCCUAUCCUUUCUCAAUGAAUAAGACUUUGGUAUGGGAAUCGUCCUGUAAAAGGUUAUUUGACUAGGUUUGUCACAGAACAUGAAGACCAGAUACUCCACUGAAUAUCUGGCUCUUAAACAAUAUAUUUUGUGUAGUUACUGCUGGCACCAUUUGUGUUACUUGAAUCAAUUAAACCCAGGUGGAGCUUGUGCCAAUCACUGUAUUCAUAUUUAUAACAUACAUCCUUUAAAAUUAUAUACAUUAGUAUUUGAUAACCUUUACUGGUGGACAUCUGGUAACUAAUCAUUUUGUGAGAAUUUGUAAUUUGCUUAUAAGACAAUCAAUCUUGACUAUUUUCUGUCUUGUGUUAUAGUGGCCUUAAGUAAAAACAUUACAUGUGAGUGGCAUAUCCUUCAUAUCUACUGUGAAGCGUACCUACAAUUAAUACAAAAAUAAACAAUAAAACCCAAACAUUUUAAUAAACAAAA